AUGGAUCAUUGUUUAUUGCUCUACUUACUGUCAGUGCUGUUACUAACAGUUCCUGCAAAAGGAUCUUACUGUAUGUCUACUGACUGUACUGGAUCAUGUCAAGAGCUUGGUGGACCACCACCAUACUUCAGAGUGUGCUGUGUUAUUAGCAACUUAGAAGAAUCUGUUACAGUGAGAGAGUCUGACAAUAAUGUAUAUAUUCUAUGUCCUGAAGAACAACCAAAGAGAUGCCCAUCAGAUGUUAUAGACUGCAAGAGAUGGCUUGAGCAUGGCUUUGAUCUAAGUGGCAUUUAUACUGUUAAUCCUGAUGGAGGGACUCCAUUUGAAGUAUACUGUGAUAUGGAGACUGAUGGUGGUGGAUGGACUGUAUUUCAGAGGAGACAAGAUGGAUCUGUUGAUUUCUAUAGGAACUGGACAGACUAUGAGGAUGGAUUUGGUGACCUUACUGGUGAGUUUUGGCUAGGAUUGAGCAAGAUUCAUCGUCUUACUAAAGAAGGCUCAAACACACUAAGAGUGGACCUGGGAGACUUUGAGGGGAACACAAGUUUUGCCAACUACUCUACAUUCAAGGUUGGUAAUAGUAGUACUGAAUAUAUACUAACAGUAGGAGGAUACUCUGGUACUGCUGGGGAUAGUCUGUAUACUCAUGAUGGAAGGAGAUUUAGUACAGCAGAUAACGAUAAUGACUAUGCAAGUGAUAAUUGUGCUAAAAGAGUCACUGGUGCCUGGUGGUAUAAUCAAUGCUAUUAUUCCAAUCUUAACGGUCAUUAUACUAACACUCCAGGUUCAUAUAAUCGAGGAAUCGUUUGGUAUUUUUGGAAGAAUGAACGCAGCAGCCUCAAAUUUUCAGAGAUGAAAAUUUUCAGCAAUGAUUAA